CAUGGCCUGACCAGCCAAUCCGACACGCCAGAUGCAGAUCUCAUCCUCUGUCCUAUGUGUCCUCCGAUACUCUCAUCCGGACCUUCAGGACUAAUGUUGCGACUGCUAGCUUGAGAUAAGAUUUCCAGCGGCACCAUGAUCAAGUCGUCCCCGCUGCGACGUCCCUCCUCCCCGCCCUCCGCGUCCGCUGGGCGACUGGUCGCCGAGUUGGGCCCGAUUAUUGAGAGCCUCGACGCGAUCUGUAAACAGCACCCGAUCACGCUGCAGGAUGUCCUCUCCGGAACAGAAAGCCUGCUCCGCCUCCGUCAUACAUUUAUCGAUACACAACAGCCCAGAGAAGCGAAGGAUGCAUUUCGUCAUCUGUACGGGUUCCAGAUACUGCUCGAAUUUGUCCGGCAGCUCGGGGAACUCUACGAUACAAACACAUUGUCCCAGGAGGAACGCAAGAGUCUCUUGGCUCUAUUCAGGGACACCCUCGGGGUCAUUGCAGAAUGUCUGAAGGAGCACUCGGGGAACAAACGAUACUUUUCUAAAAGGAUCCCCGGCGGAGGAACAGCAUGUCUGGAGAAUACACUGACAGUCCUGGCUACGAAAUUCGACGACAACGAUGCGUCGACUUCUGAUAGAGAGCAAUUAUAUGGGGGCUUACUGGCUGGGGCUUUGUGCGAGGAGACAGUUUCAGGGAUAUUCACCGCGUUGAGUUUGAAGCUGGGGCCUCAGGCCGACUCUCUGUCUCCGGAAGACAUUUGCUUGGCUGUAGAUAGAUCUCUGGGUACAGCAGUGACUGUUGAAGUUCCUGAGUUCUUAGGUCCGUUUCUGCGAGUCUGGCUGGCGCAGUCCUCAUCUGUGACCGGACAUGCCAUUCUGAGAUUAGCUCUUCCUGCGUGUCUCUGCCAGCUUGCCUCCCAGUCUCAGAGGAAUACUCUAGCUCUGCACGCCACAGGAACAUUGAAAUCAGUGCUACCGGUUCUGAUCAAUAGUGACAGACCCGAGUCAGAAAGAAAACUUUACGAAAAGCUUGCGGGGCUCCUCUGUGUGCAAGGCAUUAAUGGCCUCGAGGAUGCAGUGGACAUUUAUAGGCGCGCUCACGAUUCUCCAGAGGUCUUACGGUUCUUGCUGAAUGCCAUGAAGUCUUCCAAAGGUCCGCCAUCUAUCCAUUUCGAUCUGUCCGUGCACGGUUACUCCUCGGUCGAGUUCUCGACACUAGGUCGCCCAUUUCCUCCCACAGCAUCCGCUGGGUACACUUUUACGGUUUGGGCUCGUUUUGAUAACUUCGACCCCAAUGUUCAUACCACCAUUUUUGGGGCCUUUGAUGCCAGUCAGACAUGUUUUGUGCUUGCAUACCUGGAGAAGGACACCCGCAAUUUCAUCUUGCAAACAUCGAUCCGAGGACCGCGUCCCAGUGUACGCUUUAAAUCCUUCGUCUUCGAGCCAAAUAAAUGGUAUCAUAUCUGCGUGAUCCACAAGAGGGCUCGAGGUCCUUUAUCUGCACGGGCUUCUCUUUUUGUGGAUGGCGAAUUUGUUGAGCAGUUGAAGAUCGAUUAUCCAUCCGUCCCUCCACCACGAGCGCCCAACAAGGCAGCCCGUGUGCAGGCGUUCUUGGGUACACCACAAGACCUCGCCAUGAGACUGGGGAAGGGAGCAUCAACGUCUCGAUGGUCUCUGGCGAACGCGAUCCUCUUCGAAGACAUAUUCACUGAUGACAUGGUGGCCGUAUUCUACAAUAUCGGGCCUCGCUACCAUGGCAAUUUCCAGGAUUGCUUGGGCUCUUUCCAAACGUAUCGGGCUUCCGCUGCACUCAAUUUACGAAAUGAGAACCUUCAUCCAGGCAAAGAGGAGUCGUCGGAUAUAGUAACCGCUAUCCGGCAGAAGGCGAGCACGCUGGUAUCAGAAAGCUCCGUCCUACUGAACAUAGCCCCAGCUACUGUGCUCGACGAUGAUGACACCAACAAUAUAGACGAAUCUCAGUUAGUGAAAUCACUGUCGAAGCGGGCUUCCAAGAAUUUGUAUCAGUUAACGAAAGUGGGCGCUAACGCUAUCGCCGUUAAUGGGGCUAUUCCUGCAAUCAACGAUGCGUUAACACACACUAAUGGUGUUGCCAUUCUCACUGGUGACCCUGUAGUAACGGUACCGCAGUCUCUUGACGAUGCGGGUUGGCGGAUUGGCGGCUGCGCAGCCCUGCACCUUAGCAUUGUCCACGCGGCGACUACAGCUGAGAGCCUCACAUUAGCACUAGAAGUCCUGUACGAGGCUAUACAAGAUAGCUGGCGGAACAGUGAGGCAAUGGAAAGAGAUAACGGAUAUGGGAUUCUUGCCACACUGCUACGCGACAAGAUUGGCUUUCCUUCGGGGGGCCAGGUCACAACAGCGUCCAAACUUUCAUCUAUCUGUCCAGAUAAUAAGCAACGAUCCUCGCUCGCACGAGAGCUUCUGCGAUUGACCUUGUCAUUUGUCGGAUACGAUUUUAAUGACCCUUCCCGUUCGAUAAUCACAAAUCCGCUAGCUUAUCGGGUCUUGCUUGUCGACCUGGAUAUCUGGCGGUUCGGUGAGCCUGAUUUAGUCGAGAUGUAUUAUUCUCAGUUCUCGACCUUUGCGAGAAACAGCCGAUAUCGUCAUUUCAAUUCAAAGCGUCUGGCUAGAAUGCGUGUCAACAAGAAACUGUUGGAUGCUUUAAAAGGAGAACGCUUCACAAAUGAGUCUCUCGCCCUUUUCGUCCCUGCUUUUCGAUCCCUCCUGGACAGCUGUCUAUCGGCGGAGCUGCUUCGAUCACUAUCUCUUUUCAUCACCUACUCGAUACAGGAGAGUAAAUCACCCUCUGUUCUCCGCAAGAAGAAAAGUUUUCGUCUAGAUCCUCGCCUGCGGCAUCGGUCGCCGUCGACCGGAGAUGCUGGGAAGUACCUACCCAGUUCUAAGAUAGGUGUGGAGAUGCUGCGAAUGUAUUGUUCCUUACUUUGCGCAUCAGGUGAUGUAGCAAUAGUCAAAAAGUUUGCAAGGACGGUCACGAAUAAGUGGCUUCUCUACCUCAUGUGCGAAGAUGAUCCAGAGGUUGUAGUACUUGCGGCGAAAAUCCUUUCUCGCUUGAUUAUCAUACACGGUAGCGCCUAUAACAAGAAACUCGCCGAUAAGUCAGGAGGAUAUACCAUAAUGCGACAUCGAUUGAAAAGGUGGUGGAACAUUCCUGCCUUGUGGCCGAUCUGCUUUGGUAUUCUGUUCGGACUCGACGUUGCUUGUAUGGACCUGGAGAGACCCUUCGACCACUCUGGGCUUCUGGAUCUCUUUGUAUCCAACGGUGAACCAAAGAUUGUGUUCCCAGAGAUCCUACCGGUGAUUAUGGAGAUGCUACAAAGUGGUCUGAAAAGAGCAGCGGCGGUAAAUGGUAAGACCGUAGAGGUACCACUGCCGCAGUCCUAUAGAGUCUUGAUGUCGUCGUCCAAUUUGACCAAUUCCUCGCCGGCUGAGAAUGCUACUAGAGACCAAUGCAUAUUGAAGAGCGUUGUCAGGUUCCUUUCGGACGUCCAUGCCAAAUCACACAACUUUCGGGACUUUUCCGUGAGUUCGACAUAUGUGCAACGGCUCCUCUUCGUUCUGUUCCCCGUUGUGGUCGGAUCAGAUAUAAUCAGCCCAGAAGUUGAGCUAAAUUCCCGCGACGGCGGGCUGAGUUUCGAGGAUACGAACAUUGUCCGGCCGCUCUCUACCGCACCACCCGUACUGCGAACCACAACUGUGGAACCUUCGAGUGGUCAGGACCAUGCUGGAAGGCCGCUGCGACGCGGUUCAUCUUUUAUAUUGGUCUCAUCCGACAGAGCAAAAUACUCGCCAUCUGCUGCCCGUCUCCGGCAUAUUGUUACACCAAAGGUGGAAAGGGAUGGGGACUUGGAGGCCCACCCUGUCGUCCAGUCUAUUCUAGGUCUUCUGACAUCUGUGUUCAUGGACCAAUUAUUUGCUCGCAAAGAGUUCUCCGGUCUUGGGCUGUAUCUGAAAACACCGCCUGGCUUUCUGGAACACCAGACCUACUUUGAAUCAUGGGUGCUACGGAACACCAUAUUGACCAUGGAGGGAACUAUAGUUAUGAACCGAGAACUGUUAUUGGAGCCUCGAACGUUGACUAAUUUAGCACGCUUCCUCACACAUAUCGGGGAGGCAGUGUACGAAGGCUGGUUCAUUGAUGGUGCCACUGUUGCCCUCGACUUUGCUGGGUCUGUCCUAGAGUACCUUCAAAGACCCGACAUAUCAUGCAUAAAGAGUGUUCGACUUUGCAGCCAAGCAAUAGAUACAAUUCGCUCUACAGCUUUUCGGAUGGUUCUAAUCAAGCUUUCCGAAGUGGAGGAAUCCGACUGUCUCACUUUUCUCAGCCGCCUUGCGUACUGGCAAGCAAUGCUUCUGUCUGAAGGAGAAACGCAUUCUGAAUAUCUGCAACUGCUCUGUUAUUUACUCUACACGAAGCUUAUAAGUGAGAACCACGAUAUCCGUGUGGCGGCUGCUAACCUCUGGCGAAUUGUCCUUGUCGAAAAGCCUUCUGAAACGUCUGCUAUCCUGACUCAUGCCACGGCCUCUCUGCAGCGACGACUAUCCGAAGGUUUCGGCGGGCUCGUGGGAAUGGACGAUGCCGGUUUCCUACAAUGGGUCGAUGAGCAACGCGAUGAUCUUGAUGCUCUUUUCUUCGGCGGUUUAUCCAAGUCUUGGGAGUCCUUCGUGCAGGAGGAGAAUGCCAGAACAGAAGAGACGGCAAGAGUCAGACUUGCCAAACGGAAAGAGAACCUCAAGCAGUGGGCCCAGGAGGAAAAGUCCCGUGAGGAAGUUCUCCGCAAGCACAGUAUCACGUUCGAUCACUGGGUAUCCAAUAUUUCUGCAUCCGAGCACCUGAAAUACCAGAGGGUUCUUCAGGACCAGCAGGAUACUCUCACGUUUAUGUGGUCUGCCUUUGCUCGUCUUUCUCAGGAAUUAAGACGCGUUGGCGGCGUAUUGUCUGAGGAUAAAGAUAGAAAAUGGCGACUUGACCAGACAGAGGGGCGUAGCCGAAUGCGGCUUCGAGUGAUCCCCGAUGACUCGGGGGAGAGACAGGACUAUCAGCCCAAGAGAAAAGCGUCUGAGCCUCCUGCGAUAAAGCUGAAUACACAGAUUGCUCCUGCUUCCAACAAUGAAGUUGUCGGGAUUACUCCCACCGCUAUGGUUGGCGAGUCUGCAGACAAUGGGUCUCAGGGCGUGGACUCUGAUGAUAAGAGCAUGCUCGAAGAAAGCUUUGAAAUGAUUGAUGAUCCCAAGGAAGAUAUAGACGAUUAUGAAGACAAGAACAGAAAGGUUAUGAGAAGUCUACAUCGAGGCGAUCAAGUUCAAAACGUCUGUAAUAUGUCUCGCAUCACCGGGCUGGAAGCAUGCGAAGGCAUUCUCAUUUUGGGAAAGGACCAUAUCUACAUCUUAGACAAUUUCUUUCAACGUGCGGAUGGCGAGAUUGUCAAUGUCUGGCAGGCUCCUGCGGAAGAACGAGAUCCAUAUGUUCGCAUGAUCGCUGGUCGCGAGUCGAGUGAACGCAAAUCACAGGAGCAUCAGACGAGGAGCUGGAAGUGGGCAGAUUUGAUCAGCAUCUCUAAACGCCGAUUUCUCUUCCGUGAUGUGGCCCUCGAGAUCUUUUUCACGGACGGUCGCAGUUAUCUUCUGACAUUGAUAUCUUCACGAGCCCGGAACGAACUUUACAGCCAGCUAUCCGCCAAAGCUCCUCAGAUCAAUGGAAACAUCGCUCUCUCGCGACCAGAGGAUGUUUGGAGAUUCGAGACACUGAGAAGUCAAGAUGAUGAACCCCAGUCAUUUGGGUCCAAAUUUGCCAGCGUGUUCGGCCAGUCAUCGAACCCCGCAACACGCAAAUGGGUCAAGGGGGAGAUAUCAAACUUCCACUAUCUGAUGUUGAUCAACACUUUGGCGGGGAGGACAUUUAACGACCUCACUCAAUAUCCGGUCUUCCCGUGGGUCCUGGCGGAUUAUACCAGUGAAGAACUGGAUCUGACCAAUCCCAAAACUUUCCGCGAUCUAUCAAAACCAAUGGGUUGCCAGACGCCCGAGCGUGAAGCCGAGUUCAAGGAGAGAUACAAGUCGUUUGCAGAGAUGGGCGAUGAGAACGCACCUCCCUUCCACUACGGCACCCAUUAUUCCUCCGCGAUGAUAGUCAGUUCGUACCUUAUCCGUUUGCAACCGUUUGUGAAGUCAUACCUUAUACUUCAAGGUGGGACUUUCGACCAUGCGGAUCGACUGUUUUAUUCCGUGGCAAAGGCUUGGGAUUCAGCUUCGCGCGGGAACAUGUCCGACGUGAGGGAAUUGACUCCGGAAUUCUACUAUCUUCCGGAGUUUCUGGUCAACGUGAACAAGUAUGAUUUCGGACUGCGCCAGAACAUGACCGAGAGCAUCGAUGCUGUAGAAUUACCGCCGUGGGCAAAAGGCGAUCCAAAAAUAUUUAUCGCCAAACAUCGAGAAGCUCUAGAAAGCCCCUACGUGACGAAGAAUCUGCACCAUUGGAUCGACUUGGUCUUUGGAUUCAAGCAGAAGGGAGAUGCAGCCCUUGAAGCAGUGAACGUUUUCCAUCACUUAUCAUAUCAGGGAGCCAAGGACGUGGACAACAUUGACGAUCCUGUUGAACGGUUGGCCACCAUUGGUAUUAUACACAACUUCGGGCAAACACCGUACCAGGUCUUCCAGAAGCCUCACCCUAAGAGGGAAGAGCUCCAGCACAAAGACAGCCGACUUGAUGUCCUUGCGGAGUCCCUGACCAGGACGCCCAUCCAACUGCUCGACAGUCAAGAACGCGUUUCAUCUUUAUCUAUGAAGCAAGAUCGGUUACUAUGUGCUGCCGCGUUCAGACUGAAUGUCCCUCCGACCUUCGACAAAUACAUGGAGUGGGGUUUCUUUGAUGGAAGCGUGCGCUUCUAUGCUGCUGACAGUAGAAAGUUGCUUGGGCAUUUUGAGCAUUUACACAUUGGCCAAUUGUCCUGCGCUCUUUUUGCGGAUUCGCAAACAUUGAUAACCGCAGGCACAGAUUGCACGAUCUCAAUAUGGACAUUCACUGCCUCCGGGAAGUCCGUGGAUCUGCAACCGAAAGCGACCCUGUUCGGCCAUCGGUUCGCUGUGACGACUCUUGCGGUUUCACGGUCUUACAGUACCGUUCUAUCAGCGUCCGCUGAUGGGCGCAUCAUGCUGUGGGAUCUCAAUCGACAGUGCUUUUUGCGGGAGCUUCCUGCCAGUGGCCCAGUGGAGUGUGCGCGGAUCAAUGACGUGACUGGCAACAUCAUGGUUUGUCGCGGUAACCGUAUCAGCCUCUUCUCCCUCAACGGGGCGAUCUUGCUCGAACAGGCGGUCUGUGAAGCUGCAGAUGAUUGCAUCCUCUCGUGCGCGUUUUACGAGGGAGCUAACAACGAAUGGCUCGAGAGAGAACUGUUGUUUACCGGACAUAGAAGAGGUCUGGUCAAUAUCUGGAGCAAAACAAUCCGUGACGGACGGUUCGAACUCGAUCUUAUCCGUCAGCUCCAUCACAUUGAUGUUGGUCGUGAAGGGGCCAACGUCAGCUCAGGAAUCAGCUACAUCCUACCGCUUCCACAUAUCGUGUAUACAGGUGACGAAGCCGGUAGAGUGUACGAAUGGGAUUGCAUUCAGCGUCGUUGAUAGACUCGUCAUUGCUCCUACAUGCAUUCCAACCAAGACUGGUACUACGUUCGACCUCGUGUGGUACCAGCAUUGACAGCCGCAGUGAAUCUGCCGGGU